CUAGUGCUUGGGUUCGAUGCCCAGCAUGCCUAGGUUUGGUAGAACCUAGCAUGCCUGGGUUCGAUGAAACCCAAGCGCUGGGUUUCUUGGGACCUAGCCUUGGGUUCCAUCGAACCCAGGGAUGAAGAAGGCAAGGCAGCUGUUGGGUUUUUGCAGGUGGAUGAAGAUGAAGAAGGCAUAGGUGCUGGGUUCGAUUUCGAACCCAGCAAGCAAUCGAACCUAGCAUCGAACCUAGCAGUCGCUGGGUUCUUGCAGGUGCUGGGUUCGAAAUCGAACCCAGCAGGCACUAUGUUCGAGCUGGGUUCGAUUUCGAAUCCAACAAGCACGGGGUUCCGUUUCAAAAACCAACAACCGUUGGGUCAAUGGAUCUGUUGAGUUCCAUUUGUUUAUCGAUCUGUUGUCUGUUGGAUUCUGUUUCAAACUCAACAACCGUUGGGUCGAUGGAUCUGUUGAGUUCGAUCUAUUUAUGGAUUUGUUAUCUGUUGUGUUAUCCUCAGAUUCUUGCAGAUGC